AAUUGCCUGCCCAUUGGUCUGGCGGUACUGUUGUAAAAUGGCGCCCAGCGAAAUUUAAGUAGUCAAGAAAGAAAAGAAACUGCCUCCAAACGUGAAUUAAAUGACAAAAAAGAAGGAGUCGAGUCAUAGUGGAACAACAUUUGCUUCCUUGACGACAAAGAGGCGCUGUUUCGAAGUGGGCGGCCCGAGACUUGCCACCGUUGAGGAAGGGAAGGUUAGCUGAUGCUAGCGAGUCUGCAAACCUUUGCCUGCUAGCUGGGCAGCAAACAGAAAACACAACGCCACAGGACGGCCGACCGACAAGCUGCGAAUCUGACAGGAACCGCAGUUGAACCGAUGGUCGCAUUUGGUCCUGGUUGAGCUACUCUUUCGUGAAAGUGUUGGCAAGUAUGAAUAAUUCCCUGGACGGCACGAGCUCCUACGAAGAGCUCGUGCGGCAGAAAGCUCGGAGUAUCCCCCAGCAUCGUAUGAAAGAGUUCCUCGAGUCCUUGGCCAGUAAAGGUCCGGAUGCACUGCAGGAGUUCAGCCAGCAAAGUGAAGAUGUCACAACCACCACCACCACCAUGGUGUACCAGCCCGAGGCAAAUUGCAUUUACACGGACAGCACCGAAGUGGCGGGCUCACUUCUGGAACUAGCGUGUCCGGUUCAGGUGCAAGUUCAGCCGCAGCAGCAGAUCCAAGAGUCUCAGCAGCAGAAUGACGACCAACAGAUUAUACAGGUGCAGAUCGGCCAGCAGACAGGCCAUAUGCUGGGUCAGGUCCUCCAAGUGCCCUCCGGCUCCCAUCAGCAGCUUCAAGGUGUGACGACAGCGCAGCUAAUUCAGCCGGGAGAUCUCACCGAGGAGCAGCACCAACAACUCCAAGCCCAGUUGGUGGCGGCUGUCGCCGGGGGACAACAGAUCCAAAUUCAAACAGUGGGGGCCCUCUCGCCCACUCAGCAACUGGACGGCGCCGAGAGGAGGGCUCUGGGAAGCGCAGCCCAAGGCGCGGGGGUCCUCCAGCCCGCUAAAAAACGCAAGGUGGACAUGCCCAUCACGGUGUCUUACGCCCUACCUGGUCAGCAGGUGGCGACGGUCCUCGCUAUCCCACAAGGUCAACAGCAGAGUUAUGUCUCCCUGCGGCCAGACCUGCUGACAGUGGACAGCUCACACCUUUACAGUGCUACGGGCACCAUCACCAGUCCCACGGGGGAGACCUGGACCAUUCCCGUCUAUUCGGCUCCCGCGGGGGCCUCGGGUCGGGAGCAGGUCACGCACAUCGCCAUCCCCCAGGAGGCCUACGGAACUGUGCAGGUCACCGGGGGCAAUUCGACAAGCGUCCCCGCGGAAAACGACAAGUCGAAAAACUCUUCCAGUCAAAGUCAGACGGCUCAGGCGGUUUCCAGCAUAACCAGCACGGCGGGGAUGGGCGGGCAAGAGGAAGUGGUGCACACGUUGGCCGCCAACACGCUUUUUCCUGCUCAGCUGAUGAACGGAAAUAUUCACAUCCCGGUGGCGGUGCAGGGCUACCCUAACGCCACGCAGUCGCUCAUCUGGGACCCGCAGCAGCAGGUGUUGCACACGCAGGGACUCACAGGGCAGGAUGGACAGCAGCUACAGGCUCAGGCGAUCGUUGCGGAGGUCGACGGACAAGGCCAGCAGCAAGUGCAAGUCCAGGAGCUUCUGCUUCCCGCCACUCUCAAACCAGAGGAGGGGCUGGGCGUGUGGUCUGCUUGGGCUCAGCGGAAAAAUGCCGAGAUGGACAAAUCCGAGAACCAUAAAUUGGCUCCCAUUGGCCGACGCCAGGCGCUGCGUUACCAGGAAGACUUGGUGUCUUGCGCUGUGGCCGAGCUCUGCGUUGCUCUUUCGCUAAUGACCGCAGAAGCCCGUGGCCUGGAAGGAGAGCCCUACGAAGCGGAUGUCCUUUACUAUGUCUUUCUGUGCAUACAAAAGUACCUGUUUGAUAAUGGUCGCGUGGAUGACAUCUUUUCAGAUCAGUACUACACUCGCUUUGCUCAAAGCUUGCACCAGAUACUCCAGCCCUGGACGCCGUCUAUCCAUCCGCUCGGCUAUAUAAUCCCCAGUCACGUGACAGAGGAGAUGCUGUGGGAAUGCAAACAACUCGGAGCUCAUUCGCCAUCAACGUUGCUCACGACGCUGAUGUUCUUCAACACAAAGUAUUUUCAUUUGAAGACAAUUGAGCAGCAUAUAAAGGUUGCCUUUUCCAAAGUGCUCAGACACACCAGGAAGAGUCCAAAUAAUCCCAAAGACAAGAGCACCAGCAUCCGAUACCUGAAAACGGCAGAAAGGUUCAUCGGACAGAAAGUCACAGACGACAUGUACUUGGAGCAACUGGAGGACCCGGAAAAUCCUCUCCGGUGCCCCAUCAAGCUGUAUGAUUUCUACCUCUUCAAAUGUCCACAGAGCGCCAAAGGACGUCACGACACCUUCUACCUGACGCCGGAGCCCGUGGUGGCCCCAAACAGCCCCAUCUGGUACUCCACCCAUCCCAUCCCAAAGGAGGAGUUGGAGCAGAUGCUGACCCGCAUCCUGGUCGUCCGUGAAAUCCAAGAAACCAUCAACAUGUCGGAGGGCGUACGCUAAUCGGACCGAAGAAGGGGGGAAAAAAAGCCACGUGAACGAGACCGCUUCACUUUCUUCAGUCGGCCUUUUGAUUGCUCAUUUAGGGAUUAGUUCUGGAUUCCCUCCCGUGUUCUCUGGCGGGCGUGUUUCUUCAUGCACACUAACUUGUUCAUGUGAAAUGUACAUACAAUCAGUACAGGCAAUUAUUUGUCUUAUCUCUUGCUCUUCCGUUUCUUUUCGUUUGGCCAAAGGAUGAUCGGAGCUGAUCUCUCUGCUAUCAUUUGUAUAUUAUUUUAGCUAUGUUUUUUAUUUUUUAUUUUUAAUCAUUAGCCUCCUAUCAGUUGUUGAUAUGCUUUCCAGAAACAAAAUUGUAAUAUAUUUCUUUGCUGCCUUCCUUGGAUCUGUUGAUUUUUUGUGUGCUGUGUCAUAAUGAUCAUUUGAUCAUGAAGCCUGGGAGUUCGUGUGACGUCUUUGUUGGUCCCCCCCCACUUUUAUGUCUGUCCACACAAGGGACUUGGAACUCUGGGGAUCUUGCUCGAGGGCCGACAUUGACUAUUGAAGCCCCCUCUCCCGCAUUGGAAUACAAAUAUUUCUGAGCACUUGCCAAACAAUGGAUAUGAGGCAGCAGCAAAAGGUUCCAGAUUGAUUGUUUUUCCCUUCAGCGCAUCACCAAGCCCAAACUGAUUAUGAGUUUGUUUUUAACUCGUGUAUAUUAACGAGUUGAACGACUCGACCAAGUGACGCAAGCCCUCAAUGUGCACUCCCUCACUCACUCACUCCUUCGUGUGUCAAGACUGGCUGUGCCUGACGGUUUUCUGAAAUGUUGUUUUUGUACAGCUGCUAUACCAUCUUUUUGCCUUUUGUUUUUAGUAAGUCCAGCAUCACUUCUGCACUUCCUUAAGUACUUCUAGCCUGCAUUGUGUCAUAAUAAAACACUACACAAUGA